ACUUGGCAGAGGCACAUGAAAAAUGAUAAUAAUGAAGAAAAAAAAAACAUUUUUGAGAAACUGAAAUUAAUAGGAAAUUUUUGGUUUGUUUCUGAUUUUCAUGUUGAUCAAAAUUAUUCAAGAGAAGGUAAUCCUACGAAGCUCUGUCAUGAAGAUGGAUCUAUACAUCCUGAUACUGGUCAAUAUGGCAAUUUCUUGUGUGAUUCCCCAAUGACACUCAUAAAUGAAACUGUUGCAUCCAUGAAAAAUAUUCAACCAAAUCCAGAUUUUAUAGUGUGGACUGGAGAUAAUCUUCCACAUACAGAUGAUUUUAACCCUGACUGGGAUGUGACAUUUGAAGCUAUAAACAAUAUAACCGAGCUCCUUUACUCAUCUUUUCCAAACGUACCCAUCUACCCAUGUAUUGGUAAUCAUGACACUUUCCCACCUAACAUCUUGCUUCCUGAUGGAAUAUCUGACACUGUUUAUAAAGGAUACUUAGAAAAAGGAGGCUGGAAUAAAUUAUUGUCCAAGAAUGCUACUGUUACUUUUCAUCAAGGUGGCUUUUAUAGUGAAGUGAUUAAGCCUGGUCUUCGAUUGAUUAGUUUGAAUACAAUUCUGUGGUAUUUUCCAAACAACUAUACAGUUGAAAUUGAAGACCCUGCAAAUCAGUUUAGUUGGCUCAAAAAAGUUUUAAAUGAAAGUUCACAGCUGUCUGAAAAGGUCUAUAUAAUUGGACAUGUUUCUCCUGGAUUUUAUAGUAGAGGUCAACCUGGAAAGAAGUCAGAUCCUACUUAUCACUUGCAUUUCCUAGAGAAAUAUUUAGAUAUUUUGCAUCAGUAUACAGAAAUUAUUAUUGGUCAAAUGUAUGGCCAUUUUCACCUGGACUUUUUUCAGCUUUUUCAAUUUAAUACAGGUUCCUUUAAAAGUUCUUCAAUUCUGGCGUCAUCUGUAACGCCAUGGCAUUCCAUUGAUGAAUUCAGUACUACUCUUCCAGUAAAUCCUUCUUUUAAACUGAUGAACUAUUCUGACAGUGAUUUCUCACUUUUAGACUUCGAACAGUUCUAUAUGAAUUUAUCAAAAGUAAAUAGUUUGAAAGAAACACAUUUGGAUCCUGGACAUCUGUAUGAGCCCCUUUAUCAAUUUACUACUUUUUAUGGUGUUUCUGAUUUAUCUACAAAUUCACUUGUUAAAGUUUAUGAAAAUUUGAAGAAAAAUGAUAACAGGUUUCAAGAUUUCUUUUUACUCUUAACUGCUGGAAAACACAGUGCAGAGUGCGGAAGGGAUUGUAAAAUUGCUCAGUUGUGUGCCAUGUCUGGCACCAGUAAUGAAGAAUACGACCAGUGCAUGAAAACAAUUGAUGAAUCUAUCAUAUCUAAAUCUACUUAUUCAGCAAAUGUAACUACAAAUAUUUUAAUAGCUGUGUUUGUUUCUCUUUUAAUUUUGUGCUUACUUGUUACUUUCAUAUUGUACUUAAAAUAUUUUAAACGAGCUAAUCCAGAAGAAUAUCAACCAUUCCUAGAGUUCUAAUAAAUUAUUUUAUUUUAA